UUAUCAUAAAUUUUUCCAUUUUGGUUUCUUGGGAAAAUUUUCAAAAUUCCUAGUAUUUAUUUUUUUGUCUAAAAAAAAAACCCUCCAGUAAAUAUGUCGUUAUGGAAACAGACUUCUAAGGGAGCUCGUUGCCUGCUAGGACCAGCACGUAAUAUUGUUGUACGUCAGAGCUUUUCGAAGAAGCACAAUCCUACCCCUACUUGCAUGAACAAGAGCAAGAAGUCAGAGGAACAGUCCGCAAAGUGUGAAGAUACCCAUCCCAAGCCACGAGAUGCGAAGACAAUACGUCAAACCUUUCCCUUUUAUAACCUCGUUGAGUUCAGCCGAGAAUGCUGUCCUGACCCAUGCGCCGAUUCGUUUCCCCCCUUCGAUGUGUGUUUGUACAAGGAGUCGGACAAAAACAAGCGCAAGUACCAAGUCACCUGGUCGGAGUGUCCGCCAGUGGCGAUAAUGCCGAAGAAAAUUUGCUGCUUUGAAAAGAUUAAACGGGCACCCGUUAACCGCCGUGAUAAAAGUGAGAAGCCGGCCACAGCCUGCGAGCCACCGCCGUGCAAAAAAGCGACGCCUGCUGAACUAGGAUGUCCUAGGAUUAAGUUGCCGCGCUGCGGCCCAGCCCGGAUUCCACCCAGAUGCCACCGGGUCCGCUUCCCCUCAGAUUGCGUGAAAGUGAAGGCGCCGUAUCCGGCCUUCUCGGAGUGUGCGCGACCCAAGCUGCGCAAGAAGCGCAGGACCGAAUGCACCUGCCUAGCCGAGAUACCUCAAUGCGAGCUAAACAAAAUUUUGAAUAGACGCCUAGAAAGCGGAAACGUCAGCAUGAAUCCCUGCGAAAGGAAGCCUUGAUUGCAUAAAGGCAUUUUGGUUGAAUAUCUUUUAAAAAGACGACCGUGAAAUAAAUAAAUUUAUUUAUAACUGUGUA